AAAUCAGUUUUGAAUCUCAGGGCUGCUGGAGACUUGGAUCACACUGACAGAGCUGUAUGGAGCCACUUUAUAUAUAUUUACAGUUUAACGCACAGAAUAUUUUGUAUAUUAUGAAUCUUCACCUGACUUUGACUGAACGGUCACUAUCCUUGAGGUUUGGACAGAAGCUGUGCAGCUGGUCGUGUUGAUGUAAGGAUGAGAACUGGUCUUAUUUUAGUAGUUUUACAGCCUCCCUCUCUCUGCAGUGACAGUAUGGAAGCCUUAUGUUGAGCUAUACGUCGCUAUUUCAGUCUGUGAGCCAGAGGAGGCGACACGCUGGCCCCUGCUAAGCUACGAUCUAAUCUGCUGCUGGACAUCUGCUGGACCCCCGGGAUCACACGGAGGGCAGGGGCCCCUCGGUGCUGCAAACCUGUCACACAGUGAUGAACACUUAUGAAGAAUAUGAUGAAGAGGAGCUCAGCGACUACAUCCUCCAGCUCAGCAUCCAAGAGUCCUGCCAAGAUGCUUUUCUGAAUUCUGCUGCCAGUUUAGAAGCAGCGACGGAUGAAAACCUGAGAGUCCUGGCUGCCAUCGAGCAAGGUGAAGUCUGGAUCCUCAGGGAGAUGCUGAGGCACACCUUCGCCUUCAGGGAGUCGGACAGUCGCGGCUGGCUUCCUCUGCAUCGAGCUGCGUCCCAGCCGACCCUGGAGGUUCUGGAGACCGUGCUGCGACUGGCAGCUCAGGGGCCCAGCCUGGAGGAGAGGACGGCCGUGGGCGGAGAGACGCCGCUGACACUGGCAGUUAAAGCCGGACUGGUGCAGAAUGUGAAGAGCCUGCUGGAUCACGGCGCUUCACCUCACAACACCAACAGCAAGAACGAGUCGCCGCUGCUGCUCGCGGUGAGGGCCGGCUCUUACGAGAUGGCGUGCACACUGGUCGCUAAUGGCGCCUGGGUGGAGCAGGUUUGCAGGAAGAAGUGGACGGCGAUGCACGAGGCGGCGAAGGUUGGACACGUGGACAUCCUGAUGCUGCUGCUGAGGAACGGCGGCCGCGUGAACCACAGGGACGUGACGGGAGUGACGCCGCUCGCCGUGGCUGCAGAGCACGGGCACUUCCACGUCACGGAGAUCCUGCUGAACUGCGGCAGCAGAGUCAACUCUCAGGCCUGUAACGGUGAGAGUGUCCUGCUGGACGCGGCUGCGUCAGGAAACACCGCCUGCAUUCAGCUGCUGCUGGACAACGGAGCCGAUCCCAACCUGCCCAGCGCCACCGGACACCUGCCCAUCCACAAGGCAGCGUACGCCGGACACUACGAUGCUCUGAAGAUGCUGAUACCUCUGACCACCAAGAGGGCCAUCAAAGAGGCGGGUCAGAGCCCGGUCCACUCUGCAGCCGAGGGAGGCCAGAGCUGCUGCCUGGAGCUCCUGUUGGCCUGCGGCUUCGACGUCAACUACCGCAUGAACACCAGAAACUCAGAAAACUACCGGGACAUGAGGAAGAGCGCUUUGUACUUCGCGGUCUCCAACGGAGACGUGGACUGCACCAAGCUGCUGCUGGCGGCCGGGGCGAAGACGGACCUGGACCCUCUGUGCUGCCUCCUGGUGGCGGUCCGGUCGGGGCGCUACGACAUCGUCAAGCUGCUGCUGGAGGCCAAAGCAGACGUGAACUGUUACUUCACGGUGGUGAGCGACACGGUGUUUCCCACGGCGCUGCAGUACUGCCUGAAGGACGAGGUGAUGAUGAGGCUGCUGCUCAACAACGGCUACAAGGUGGAGAGCUGCUUCCUCUGUCACCAUGACAACGCUUCGGAUGAUGCAGAUGAUGGGGAGGGGGAAAUACCAUUCUGUGAGUUCAUGAGCCUCUGCUGCCUCAUGCAUCUGUCUGGGAGCGUCGUCCGAAUCCUGCUGGACUACGUCAGCCACGUCUACAUCUGCCCCAAACUCAGACUGACCCUGGAGAAGCAGACAGAGUGGCCCGAAAUAUGUGACAUCCUCGGCAGUCCUCGCUCCCUCAGUCACCUCUGCAGACUGGAGAUCAGGAGGCGUCUGACCCUGAGGAAACUCAACAACACCGAGAUCAUGAGCUCGCACCUUUUCCCUCCCAGGCUGAAGAGCUUCAUAUUGUACCAUGAGCUCGACCUCUACAGCCGGGACCCUGAACGCAUCAUGUGAAGACGCGUGGAUUCUUCUGCUCGCGCUGGAAAGAUGUGACUGUUUUUUAAAAAUGUUUUGUAAUCUCCUGUUGUGACGAGCACAAUUCUGUACGAAUGAACUUUUAUAAUUAUGUGAGUAAAAAUUAAUUCAUUUGUUUUCCACAUUUCACAUUUACUACAAACUUUAGACUCGUUUUGACCUUUUGUGAUGCUGAUGGUCGUCCGUCUGCCCGCAGAAUAUCUCAGCGACUACUUAAAGGAACAGUUCAUCUGAAAAAUAGGAAAAUUCAGUCAUUACCCUCUGACGCUCACAUGUUGUGAAGUGAGGCAGCUUUUUUUCACGUUAAACAACAACAGAACAGAAAAUCAUCAAAUGGAUCCACACAGCUCGUCCCGGCGUCCUCAAAGUCUCCAGAAGUCACGAGACCUGAUAGAUUUGAAAAGAUGUUUUUUAACAUGGGGUCAAGCUCGUGCUGUCACCUCAGACGGGCCGUGUGAUAAUGUUUUCAGCUCUGCAGCUCCAGUGAAGAGUUUGACUUAAAAAGCGUGUAAAUAAUGUGAAAGUUUAGGCUUCAGGAGACUCGCAUCACGCCGGAUGAGCUGUUUGCAGCCACUUAAUGUCUUUAAGUAUGUUUUUUUUCCUUUGUGAAUGACUGAACCUUCGUGUUUGUGUGACCUCCUGGUCUGAAUGAUUAGAAACACAUGGACGAGCCACGCACACCGUCCUGCUACCAGAUGUGGGUUCAUCUGCCCAACACAUGUGCUCCAGUCUCUCCUCCUCUUUGUGUGAUGAAAACUACAGCGAGCUGCUGUUUAAGGAAAUUAAUUUGAUAUUUUUUCCAUCCUGAGGUUUGGAGCCGAGAGCCACAGAGAGAGUGAUGAAGUCCGACAGGAUCAGAGACGGACCGCCGCGUCAGAACAUCGUCGCUCUCGUUCUGUCAGACGAACUGUUUGUUCUGGAAUGUAACUGAGUACAUUUACUUGAGAACGUCACUUGAUUAUUUCCAUUUUCUGCCACUUCACACUUCCACUCCACUACAUUUUCUGCAUCAGAGCCAAAAACAGAGUCACAUUGUGUGACUUUCUACAACACUUCCUGUCACACUGUAAACAUUACAGUUCUCCAACAUGACUGGUUUGUUAUUGAGCUUUAGUGUUUUGUUGUAGAAGCAACAACAAAAAAAUGCCGCGUGUUCAGAUCUGCUCAGGUUGAAGUGCAGAUUUUAAGUCUCAGCAUGUUAAUCAGGAGCUCACAGGUCAAAGGUCAGAGCCCUCGUCGAUCUGUUGUCCGACAGCGUUUGGGCUCACGGAGGACGGAUCUGCUCGUCCAUAAUGACACAAUAAAUAUUCAUACAACAGUCCGGCUGCUUAUUGUUUGUCACUACAGGAGGAAAAUGUGCAGAGUGACGUUACACUCCAUUAGCUGCUGCGGAACGACCCCGCAUGCUAAAUACACUGGAACAGGUGACACCUAUAAAUAGCCUGGUGGAGUGUGUGUGUGUGUGUGUGUGUGUGUG